CCUCUUCUAAACCCAGAUACUAUUGGCCUAAAUUUCACUCCCGGAAAGGAUAUCUCGUGAACAUGAACACCUACGCCUAUUGGGAGUGCUCUUCCUGUGUUCAUUUCCAUUCGAUUCCAAGUGGUGGGUGCCUGGUUAACUUUCAACUUCAUUCUUGGAAGUGUUCGAAGGUGCAGAGUGUUUGCUAGCACUAUGAUCUUCAACUAUCUGUUAUAUGCGAUCACUUGAGGUAUGGGUAUAUAUUUUUUCCCGCUCUCUAGCCAUUGUUAUGAGUAAUGUUUUGUGCGUUUGAACUACAGUAGAGGUCAAAAACUAUGCCCUAGAAUAGAAUAUGGACGAGCAUGAGCAUGGGAAUGAGGGGAAUGGGGAGAAUGAGGGGCAUGGGGAGAAUGUUGGAGGUGGUAUAAACGAGGGGCAAGUAAAUGGGGGGAAGAAAAGACGCAGCAGAUGGGAUCCCGAAGCAGAAGCAGAAGCAGACGAAGGGAAGAAAAGAAAGUCGAAGUCCAGAUGGGCUGCAGAUGAGCGGCAGAACUUGUUUGCGCUGGGGCUGCCUGAUUUUAUCAAGGAGCUGCAGAUGGGUGGUGCGGAAUCGGAUCCUCAAGUGCAGGCACUAAGUCUUCAACUUUUAGACAUCAAUAGGAGGCUCCAGUCUGGGCAGGUUGUUGAUGAUAGAGCAGAGGGAGCAAGGUCUCCCUCUCCCGAGCCCCUCUAUGACAACUUGGGAAUUAGAAUAAACACUAGAGAAUUCAGAGCCCGUGAGAAGCUUUCCAGAGAGAGGCAAGAGAUCAUCUCAAUGUUGAUUAAGAAGAAUCCGGCUUUCAAGCCUCCUGCAGACUACAGGCCUCCCAAGCUUUACAAGAAACUUUACAUUCCCAUGAAAGAAUACCCUGGCUAUAAUUUUAUUGGGCUCAUUAUUGGGCCAAGGGGAAACACACAGAAAAGAAUGGAGAAAGAAACGGGUGCAAAGAUUGUCAUUAGAGGGAAGGGAUCUGUGAAAGAGGGCCGGUCUCAGCAGAAACGGGAUAUAAAGCCAGACCCUUAUGAAAAUGAAGACCUGCAUGUUCUGGUGGAGGCAGAUGAUCAGGAAUCGCUAGAUCAGGCUGUCGAUAUGCUUGAGAAAUUACUUGUUCCUGUGGAUGAAGGCAGAAAUGAGCAUAAACGUGCACAACUAAGGGAGUUGGCCGCGUUAAACGGUACAAUAAGAGAUGAUGAAUUCUGUAGGCUGUGCGGUGAGCCAGGCCAUAGACAAUAUGCAUGUCCAAACCGUAAUUCAACUUUUAAGAGUGAUGUUUUGUGUCGGAUAUGCGGUGAUGGUGGGCAUCCGACCAUUGAUUGCCCAAUGAAAGGAUCAUUACAGGGGGCGAAAAUGGAUGAUGAAUACCGCAAUUUUUUGGCCGAACUUGGAGGAGGAGGAGCCGAAGGAUCGAUAGAAAAAAGCAACUCUGAUUUUCAACGGCCAGCUCUUCCAAGCAAUUCACCUUGGGCAGGGGGAGCUGGAGGUUGGGGAAACACGGGAUCAAGUUUUCGGGGAGCAGACAGUAGUGGAUCUGGUAGUUUAGGUUCCUCACAACAUGGACAGCAUGGACAUGGAACACGCCCAGGUUUAGGAUUUAAUCCCGACAAUAAAUUGAAUAAAGAAAUAGAUGAUACGAAUUUAUAUGUUGGAUAUUUGCCCCAUACUAUGGAUGAUGACUGGUUAAUUCAAUUGUUCUCUCCUUUUGGGAGAGUUGAGGAAGCCAAAAUCAUUAAAGAUCGAAUGAAUGGUACUAGCAAAGGUUAUGGUUUUGUUAAGUAUUUUGAUGCCGGCUGUGCUGCUCAAGCAGUUACACAUAUGAAUGGAUAUAAAUUGGAAGGAAAGACUCUGGCAGUAAGGGUAGCAGGACGAGCUCCUCUUCCUCCUGGCUCUGGAUUGGGACCUGUUGGAGGGGCAUUCGCUCAACAGCAGCCACAGCCUCCAAUACCAAUGACUCCUGGUAGCUAUGGACCUCCCCCGUGGGUUGCCCAGUCUUCUUAUGGUCAAUUUUCAAACAAUAACACUUUUAGAAUGCCACCCCCUUCUGAGGGUCCAGUUCAGAAAGACCCUUACAGUGCUCCACCACCUCAAUAUGUUCCAUAUAAUUCCUAUCAGAUGCCUUUGCCUUCAACAGAAAUGCAUGGUAAUAUGCAAAGCCAGGCAAGAGCUCAGCAAUUCCAAAUAAUGCAAGGGUCAUCAAUAGCUCAACAAAUUUCAGGAAUACAGGCCCGACCAGGAACACAAUAUGUAUCAGGAAUGUUGGGCCCACCAGGAUCUCAACAAGUCACUGGAAUGCAAACUCCACCAGGUGCUGAACUAGUGUCAGGAAAUGAAUUAAGCAACCAUCCACCAUGGUCAGAUGCUCCACCUCCUGGCGGAAUGCCACAAUUUUCAGAGAACAAACCCAGCAUGCCUCAAUAUCAGCCCUAUUAUGCACCACCGCCAGUUCCCCGAAGCAUUAUGGCUUCUCCAUUACCUCCACCGCCAGUUGCCCCAAGCAAUAUGGCUUCUUCAUUACCUCCACCAUGUACAUCAGCAUCUUCACCAGGGAGUGUGACUCCUUCUCAAUGGGCUUCCUUCCCUCCUAAGCAGGAGAACAAAGCUGUAGACACUGAGUAUGAGAAUUUUUUGUCCGAGAUGGGUUGGUGACAUCAGCAUAAUAUAUCUACUUAAGCCUGUGAGCCAGUGUCAAAUUCAGAAGAAAUUCAUGCUAAGGAUGGAAAGGGAAUAUCUGAAACUAUUUAGGAGUCUCAAUAUGGGUUUUGAGGCACUUAGUUUGAUAAGACUCUUAUGGCUCGUUGAAAAGAGGUUUCAUACAGUGUAUGAAGAAAGUUUUUAUUAUGUACGGUCCACACCUUUUAAGGUAGCAGGAUAUCAGUCCUCAUGUAUCUUUUAUCAUGAAAUAUUGGUCAAUCUGCUCCAUCGUCAGCAGUUGUUCAAUGGAGCCAGGAUUUGGCUUUCUUAAUCAUAUCAUUGAAGAGAUAGAGGCUAAUGUCCUCUUUAUUCUUGGACAGCUCUUGACAUUCCCUUGAUUAUGCUUCCUGAUUACAGUUAUUGUCUUGCAGGGACUUUUUCAGUGAUGUCCAAACUUUGGAACAGUUCUUACCUUUUUGUAAUUAGGUAGCAUUGCAUUAGACUUUGGAUCUGAUCAGAUUGUUCAGUUCUUUGGCACCAUAUCAGCUUUUAAGCUGGUCCAUUUCUUCUGUUUUAAAAUAAGAUGAUCCUCUCUAUAUGCACUCAAUACUGACCUGCUUUUUUCAUUUAAGGUCUAUAACUUGAUUUUACUUCUCUUAAGACAAUAAAUUUUUGACAUUUCACUUUUA